UGAUUUCGGGAAGGGACACUGAAUUUUCCUUCGUGCAUGUCAUUGUCAUCUUUGAGGCUUCUUUAGUUAAUCACUCUGUUUUGAAGCCAUUUUGACAUAAAACGGUUCGCUUGUGUAACCAAACAGGCAGAAUUUGAGGUUUCUUACUGCAUUAGUUGGUGGAUUCUGUUCCAAUAUUUAUCCUUUACUACCAUUAAUUUAUUAUCUUAAUAAAUCAAAGAACCAAACAACUAGAAUAAAGGCUCUUGUCCCCGUUUAUUAUUUGCUAGUACUACUUUGCUUUAUAAAAUUCUGAGAUAAGUGAUUCUCUGCCUUUUCAAUUUUCAUUUUAAAAAAAAAGAAAGAAAAAAAAAAGAAAGAAAGAAAAUUGUGCAUGCUGGUUCUUGAAUGAUCUUCGUCCUGGAUUCAGAAUUUUCGGUGACAGAUCUCUGCUCGGACUUCCAUAAAUGCAUAUCUGUGGAUGUGUUCCACCUUGGCUCUGUCAGAUUCUCGCUUGCAUGGGAGGUUGUCUGGGAUGCUUCCCAAAUCCUAAAGGCCAAUCAACAAACAAAGACAACAGAUCAGAAGAUUUUUGGAGCAGCAGUGCAUUUGAAAUAGAUCAGGGUGCACUUCAGUCCCAGAAAAGCAUCUCAUCAAUUGGCAUACCUUCUGAUCCUCAAAGUAGUGCUGACAUUCAGAUUGAUUCUCCUGAAUAUGUCAAUCAUGGUCUUCUUCUCUGGAACCAGAUGAGGCGACAGUGGGUUGGAAAUAGAAGGCGUGAGAAUAAGAAACAAGUUGGAGAACCUAUAAUAAGUUGGAAUGCCACCUAUGAGAGUCUAAUGGGGACCAACAAGCCUUUUCACCGGCCAAUUCCUCUUGGAGAAAUGGUUGACUUUCUUGUUGAUAUUUGGGAGAUGGAAGGCCUAUAUGACUAAGCAGACAAAUCAGGUUUUUUUUUUCCUUAGAGAUUUUCUUAGGAGAGGGAAAGGGAGGUAGAAUUUGUUCAUCCUACUAUAACCCCACUGGAUUGUUGUACAUACAUGGGCUAAUUUUUUUUUCUUAGGCUAAAUGGGGAAACUCUUAACUAAUUGGUUUUGCUUUUUCUUCCGGGGGCGUCAUUUCUACGUGAAGUAUAUUUACACCAAAUUGUGUUUUGAUAAAAAAAUAUAGUACAUCAUUUGUAUAAUUCUCUGACUAAGGUGAUUCAUAGACGUAUGAAUAUGUUUUUAGUUCUUGUUCUUGUAUAUAUAGUUUAGUUAUAGUUC